GGGUCAGCCGUCUCUCUCCUCCCGGGUAGGCAUUCCAGGAGAUAAAAGUUCAUUCACAUCCAUGGACUAUAGAAAUGUUCCCGAGAACUCCAAGGAGUUCUCCGUGCCCUGCUUGGACGCCAGCUCCCUGCCACCCUCCGUGUCUGGCACUGAUUCCUUGACAGGACAACGGGCUGGGGCAACCGUAGGCAGACCAGCAGCGGCAAAUGCAGCGCGAGAGCGCAGCCGUGUACAGACCCUGCGCCAUGCCUUCUUGGAGCUGCAGAGGACCUUGCCCUCUGUGCCACCGGAUACCAAGCUCUCCAAACUGGAUGUGCUGCUCUUGGCCACCACAUACAUUGCCCACUUAACCCGCAGCCUGCAGGAUGAAGAAGAAUUGCCUGGAGAGGGUUUGGGCAUGCUGAGAGGGGACGGCUACCUGCAUCCAGUGAAGAAAUGGCCAAUGCGAUCGAGGUUAUACAUUGGAGCUACAGGACAGUUCCUGAAUCACUCUGUGCAGACAGAAAAUGCAAGUCAAGCAGAAACUUCAGCAAAAUCACAAAUGUAACCUAUAUUUUUCUUUUCAAUACUGCUGUAUUUAUUAUGCCAGAUUUAUUUAAGUUAAAAUACAUCUUUCAACACAUACAACUAACAGCAUCUGAAAUAGAUGGGCAUAUUAAAACUUAAGGAUGGCUCAUACAUUAUUUAGGCCGUUUUCCUCAAAUACAGAAGCAGUCAACUAAUACUGUAUAAACCGUGGCCACGUUGUCCUUCUGCCUAAGGCAACUUCCACAGUUUCUGAAAUGACAAAAUAUAUAUUGCAUUUUGCAAAUGUUGCCGCAGCUGCUGUCCUUGGACUCCUGACCCGUAUGUCACUGCUGCUGGUGCAAACCUAUUACUCCCAUGUAUGAAGGAAGUGGUCAAUUGUAACAUGUGAACAGGCCUUUACAAAUCCAUGCAAUGGGCAAUCUCAAAUCGCUCAGAUCAUUUAGGAGGAUUUUCAUUAGUUUUUAUGAAAUAUGGACUGCAUCCCAUGAUGUCUGUAACCUUAAAUCCCGACACAUUGAUCAUGAGCCAGAGGUGUGUAUUCCUUCUCUGUACAUGUCCCCAGACUUUUAAGACUGUAAGAAGAGCCCAGCUAGGUAAGACUUAAGGAUCCAUCUAAUUCAUCAUCCUGUUUCCAUCAGUGGCCACCCAGAUAUCUCCUGGAAGCACCCAAGAAGGACAUCAAAACAACAACCUUGUGCAUUGUUUGCUCCCAACAUCAGAAGUAUUCAGAAGUCUGUUACCUCAGAACACAGAGUAGUCAAUGGCAGCUAAU